GAGAAACAUCUACAUGCUAUGGCACAAUCUGUUGAUGAGCAACUUCUUGUUAUUGCUUUCAAUGAUAAGCCUGUGAAGAAUUUGAAGGGCUUGGUCACCAUGGUUGAGAACUGUGAUGAUGAGUUUCUAAAGUUUGAUCUGGAAUACCAACAGGAUGUGACAGCAACUAAAAGAAAUGAAUUUGAGGAUUAUUUUUUGAAGCGAGAGUUGCUCAUGGGAAUAUAUGAGAAGGGUUUUGAAAGGCCUUCUCCUAUCCAAGAAGAAAGCAUUCCAAUUGCUCUUACUGGUAGUGACAUUCUUGCAAGGGCUAAAAAUGGGACAGGCAAAACAGCUGCAUUUUACAUUCCUGCAUUGGAAAAAAUUGACCAGAAACAAUCUAUCCUGGCAUAGUCCAAAUUGUAUUGCUCUCACGCCUGUGGAACAAUUUUGUUAAUAGUGUCUACUUAGUGUUAGUAUAUAUAUCAUUGUAUAAAACUAAGAUUAAGACAAGUGUAUUUACUCAACUAUAUUGAUAUGUUAGCUGGUUACU